CAGUUUUUAUUUAUUUAAACAAUAAUGCCAGAAAGGACAGAGGAAGGAAAAUGAAAAGGCCUUCAAAACCGAACUGGAUGCUACAAUGAGACAGAAUAAAGCAACAGUGAGGGGAAACGAAUAAUCUUGUAUUUCAAGUAGAAAAGGCCAGGAUCACCCAUUUCUCAAAGAGACAAGUCUCUUAUCAGGACUUCCCCUCCUCCAGAAGAGGCAAUCCUUUGUCUGGAGAAGGACGUGACCUGAUUGGUUACCUCCCGUCCAUUAGCGGCGCAGUUUAGGUGAUUGAUACCUCCUAGAGCCAAUCGGUGUUCCGGAGCGGUCAUGUGAUCCCCAGUGCCAGCCAAUCUGGUUUGCGUAGAGGCGGGGCUAGCGGGCGAUAUAUAAACAGGCAACGCCCGCCCUAGCCGCCACCCGGCGCCAUUUUGUGCUGUUCUCCACGUUGACCUUUGCAGUCGGUUUAUUCGGGAUAAAAGAAAGAUCGAAAAGGGUGGAAAAAAAACUGACCCGCCAGUAAAUACUAUUCCCAAGGAAUAAAAUGUCUCGGGAUCGCUUCAGGAACCGCACAGGAUUUCAGAGGCGGGGUGGCAUGAGCCCUCCGUUCCGGGGAGGGGGUGGCGGUAGCAACCGCAAUAACGCUCCCAACCGUCCAAACGGAGCGGGAAACCCGGCCGACGCCCUCAAGCAGCAACCGGCGGCCUCAGCCUCCAACCAGGUGCCGGCCUCGCAGCAGACGCCGCCUCAGAAAUCACUGGCGCCGGGCUCCCAGAAAUCUGGCGAGCCCGACAAGAAGAACGGUGAGGCGGCGGCCUCUCAGGGUGGCUCGGCGGGCCGCGGCGGCAGCGGCGAGGGGGGCAAGCAGCAGCAGCAACAGCAGGCGUCGCAGGGCGGCGGAUCGGCGGGGGCAGGCGGCACGGACAGCCGGCAGCAACGCGAAGGCAAAGAGGCGGAGAGCGAGCAGGCGGUGCUGCGGGCACAGCUGUCGCUGCUCCGCAAGCCCGGCGAGAAGACCUACACGCAGCGCUGCCGCCUGUUCGUCGGCAACUUGCCGGCCGACAUCACCGAGGACGACUUCAAGCGGCUUUUCGAGAAAUAUGGCGAACCCGGCGAGGUUUUCAUCAACAAAGGCAAAGGGUUCGGCUUCAUCCGCUUGGAAAGUCGAACUUUGGCUGAAAUCGCCAAAGCUGAACUUGAUGAUACACCCAUGAGGGGCAGACCUCUUCGUAUCCGUUUUGCCACACACUCUGCAGCUCUGACUGUUCGCAAUCUUUCUCCUUAUGUCUCAAAUGAACUGCUUGAGGAAGCAUUCUCCCAAUUUGGUCAGGUGGAGAGGGCCAUUGUAAUAGUAGAUGACCGUGGGAGAUCAACAGGCAAAGGCAUAGUUGAAUUUGCAACAAAGCCAGCUGCCAGAAAAGCCCUUGAGCGAUGCAAUGAAGGAGUAUUCCUCCUAACUGCCUCUCCACGGCCUGUGAUCGUGGAACCAAUGGAACAAUAUGACGAUGAGGAUGGUCUGCCUGAGAAGCUUGCCCAGAGAAAUCCAAUGUAUCAGAAGGAGCGGGAGCAACCUCCUCGUUUUGCCCAGCACGGAACAUUUGAGUUUGAGUAUUCCCAACGAUGGAAGUCUCUUGAUGAAAUGGAAAAACAACAAAGAGAGCAAGUGGAGAAGAAUAUGAGAGAGGCCAGAGAUAAGCUGGAAAAUGAAAUGGAAGAUGCAUACCAUGAGCAUCAAGCAAUGUUGCUGAGGCAGGAUCUCAUGCGACGUCAAGAAGAGCUUCGCCGCAUGGAAGAGCUUCACAGUCAAGAGGUUCAGAAGCGUAAACAGUUGGAAUUGAGGCAAGAGGAAGAGCGCCGUAGAAGAGAGGAGGAAAUGUUGAUGCGACAGCGGGAGAAAGAGGAGAUGAUGAGACGCCAGAGGGAGGAGAACUUCCGAAUGGGGUACAUGGAUCCGAGAGAACGUGACAUGCGCAUGGCUGGAGGAAUGGCAGAACAAUAUGCUGCUACAAACCAAAGCUUCCCACCAAUGGCAGCAAUGGGCUAUGAAGGUCACAGUGCAAUGAAUAGCCCUGGAGGACCAAGUGCAAUGACUGGACAGAUGAUGGGCAACAGUGGAAACACCAGCGACAUAGCAGGGCGUAAUGACCGCUUUGGACAGGGAGCCCCAGGUCCAAUGAAUGCUCAGCCCCCCCGUCCUAUGGGGCCUACUGGGCCUAGUUUUAGUAGAGGGAGAGAAGAAUAUGAAGCAGGCGGAAAGAAGCCUAGAUUUUAGAAUUCAUAGUGCUGUAGUGCAUUCCAGAUUAGUCUUUCAUUUAGACUUGAACUCUUCAUUCUUGCGUUUUUUUAGUUGGUGGCAAAGUUGCAUUUUAUGCCUAUAUAGAUUUGUGUAUUGAUAAAACUUUGUAAACUGUAACAAGUCACGCUGGCACAUUAUGAAUGUUGAAUUAUGUCAAACAACAGUGAUAGUGCACAUAGGCAUCUUUUCCCAGUACUUUUGACUGUGUACGCUGACGUGCCAUUAAAUCUCUAGAAAGUAUGCUCCAUGUAUUUUUUUUUGUUCUGAAUUGUUUUAGAAGCAUGUUAAAUUGUGUAGGCUAAAAGCCUGUUUUGAAAUGGUGGCAUUCUGUAUUUUGGUGCGUCUUUUUAAAUUAAAACCCAUUCAUAGUGUUCAUGAUUUUGAAAUGAUUUUUUAACUGAGCAAAGUCACAGCAUAGUUGUCAACUUCUCUGGUUGCUAAGUGAGACCAAGUGUUGCAUUUACUAAUGUUUGCAAACUCUUGCGUAUCACUUAUUGGAGUUGUUUAUUAAAAUAAGGUAAGAUUCCAAUGGAAACUAAGUGCACUGAAAACAAAACCUUUAGUCAUGGUUAUUUAUUAUCUUGUAUUUUAAGUUGUACCAAUUUUAGGCCUGAGUUUGAUCAUUUUUUCAACUUCUUCUUUCUUUGGCUAGUUUUGUAUUGUGUCUUAAUGCCACACAGAGGGGGUGAAUCUAGGUCUUGGAAAAGAUCUUGUGAAACUUAAAACUGCAGUGCUGAAAUUUCUGGACCCAUUUAUAUUUAAAUUGCCACCUAAUUGGUUUGUGUUAACUGGAAGAAUUGUUUUUCCUUUAAAUUUUUGUGGCUUCAGUUUUGGAGAUAGGCUGGAUUGUUCUAACGUUUGUAUUUUGUAAAAGAUUUUCCUUUUCUUCCCAGAAGUGUUUUUGGCAGUCAAAUCCAGUCUAUGCUGGGGUGGGAUGAAGUCUACUGACAAUGUUACUGACGUUCUGGAGAUUCUAUCUUGGUUUGCAUGUUCUGAAAUAGAUAUUGGGACAAGGAAGGUUCUAUUGUAGCUGGUACUACAAAACAUGUUAACUGUGUUUUGACUGAUUUAUGCAAAGCACACCUGUAUUUCAAAUUUUUCUUCCUCUUCUGUUCACAACUUAUUGCAACUUUCUCUUCAGAAGGUCUUUCGUGCUGAGAAGCUAUGAUUACCAGCAGUGCCCUGGGCAUCAAUGUCAAGUGACUCAUGUGAACUUAGAUUGUGGUGAAACUGUUUAAUUUUGAAGCCAAGCUUGAUUUCACCUGCACAAUUUUUGCAUAAUUAAGGGUUCUUAGAUGAUCAGGAGCUUUGGCUGACAAUUUUCCCUUGUCAAUCCAUAGAUGUAAACUCCAUUGCAGUGCUGUUCUAUUGACUGUGUUGGUUGGCACAGCCUAAGGUUUAUCCUUGGUUCACUUGGUCCAUAGUCCAAGGAUAUACAACAGUUUUUGCCUUUAGAUUUGUGAUGGGCAAUCAGACACUUGUUACCACCUUCCUUUGUAUUUGGAAAAGGACAAAGUUGUUCAUUUUCAGGUUUUGUGAAUGAAGUCAGUUUAAUAGCUUACUUGCUUGGAUUUGUCCUAACGGCAGUGGCACAUCUGAUUAGAGCUCAAACAUCAGUCAGGCCUCACAGGUGAUGUGCAUAAUUCUCAGUGUAUUGUAUAGACUUCUCUAAAAUGAAUGCUUAUCUUGAUUUUGAUCUAAUUGCUACAGUAUCUUUCCAGAAUACAUGGAAUACCAAAAUAGCAUGUUUUACUUCUUCAUUAUUUGAUCCAUUUUAAAUCACUGAAAUUUGAUCUUGGUCGGCCACGUGGCAGAAUUUGAAACAUCACCGUUGGCCUAAGUUCAAGCCUAUUAAAACCAUGUUUUGCAACAAAUCUACACUCAGUGUAUUGAAUUCCUAUGUGGCUUAUUUAAAAACUGCAUUACUUAUCUGGCUUGAAGUGCCUGAGACGUUGAGUAUAGCAGCCAAAAACCAGUCAAGUUAGACACUAUCGCAUCCAAAUGACUAAGCGUUGAGUGCUAGGUCUGUAAACCAAUACGCUGAGUCUCGUCAGAUUAACAGCAAGAAACCUGGAAUGGCAAUAUCCCAGUUACAAAUAGCAACUCUGCAAACUGAGCAAUCCUGAUGAAAGUGGUGGUCUUUUUUGGUUGGGCUAGACAAUAUGUAAGGUGUGUAAAAGCUAUAUACUAAGAGUACAAUACUAAGAUAAAUCUUAUACCACUGUUCAGUGCAUGAUUCUAUUGCAUCAACCCAUCACUAAUUAUGGAAUCUUAGCUGGAGUUGGGAGUUCUUUUAAGUAACAUGGCUGUAAUAAGGUCUUUCAGUUUCGGGCAGUAGUGCUGAAAAACUGGGACAGGAUCUUGCAUGUGAUAGGACAUCUAAACAGUUUUAACUUUUGAAUGAACUUCAUAUGUCAUGAAACAUGAUCACUUAAAAGACUUGCAGUUAAUGGUCCACAGUGCUUUUGUUUAAACCUUCUGACCCAACUUGGGCUCCUCAACCAAUAACUUAUGGAAGUUUAACCUUGAGCUUUGGAAAAUUUGGCCAUUCUGCGUUUGUGAAUGGGAAUUCUGAUUGGAAAGUCACAAUUGGAAACCAGUAGCAAGAUGAGCUGCAGAUGUACUCAGUAGGAAUGAAUUUGCAUCAGGAUACCCGGACUACCAGAACGUGACUUCUGUACCCUCUGCCUAGAGAAGCUGAACAGCUUCAAUGGGUAACUGGAACCAAGCAGUAGCAUGCAGUGUCAAAAUUGCUGCUUUAGGAUUGUGAUAAUGGUAAGUGUUAAAACUUAUUUGUGUGUGGGGAUGGGGGUUUGGACGUAGCAACAAAUCGUGCCUUUAGAUGCUGCUCUCCACUUUAAUUUCAAUCUUGAGAAUUAAUAUACUGAGCAAUUAUUGUAAUCCAAGAUCAGAAGUUCUAAAUUCUGGGAUGGUGGGUUUUAAGUUUCUUUGAGUGCAGUUUGUCUUUGAUUGGAGCAAGGCUUAAUUUUAAUCUGAUAUUCCAUAAACCCUUUUUGCCUAAAUAUUUCUUUAGUACAGAAUCUGGUAUUGGUCCAUCAAAUUUGACUUCUGGCAAAAUAAGUGUGCAACUAUAAAAUUACUCAAUGUGAGCUGGUGGGGGUUUGAACGAGCAGCUGCUCUGAUUUCCUGUUGGAUAUCCUUUGCAAACUUGCAAUAAUUUUCAUUGCCGUUCCUUGGCAGAGUUGCUGUAUUUGAACAUGGAUUCCAUCAUAAACAAAGUUGGUUUGGCUUAUUCAGCUGUGGGUGAAAGCCUAAGGGUUCACCUCAAAUUUGAAAAACUAGCUUUGUGAUGUACUUGCAGCUAGAGACCUGAAUUUCUACUAAAUUAGUCCUUUGUUUUGGGUGUUUUAACAAUUUAGGCUGUGCAAGCAGUACUUGAGCUAUUUUUUUGAAAUGCCCUUUCUACAUAAUAUUGAAUUUCAACUUAAAUCAAAAUACUGCAUGAGAUGCCUGCAGUAUAAUUUCAUGAACAUCACCUGUCAACUUAAGUGCCCCGCUUUUUAAAAAAACAUAUAUAUUUCACAUCUUUGAAUUUGAUUUAUGGUUUUGGCUAAUCUGAAUACAAAGAUUUAGCUGUUGCUGUUUAGGCAUUUAGGUGCUGAAUUUGCAAUGCCCACUAAGUUUUUGGGCACAACUUGAAAUAACUUGUCUUCCCCAGUAUUCUUCAGUGGCAGUUAUAACAGUUUCAGAUUCUCAGGUUACAUGGCAACGCAUCUGAGUUACAAGCCAGCAAGCGGCUGCUGGCAGCCAAUUGUGCUGCAUCCUUGCAAGUAAUGCCGCUCUACAGUGAAUAAAUACAGUCAGCUUGUCUGCAAUACAUUGCAUUGAGGAUCUGUAGUACUGCAAAUGGGAUUGGGCAGUAAGACCUGGAGAAUAGUAUUCCUGCUUGUUCUGCGUUACACAAUAAAGACUGCAUACAGGUAUGUACAAAUAACUUGUUAACAAAUGUCUUUCGUAAUUUCUUAAAGAUGAGUAUAAUGGUUCGGGCAUCACCUUUCUGACUGUGGAAAUACAGUGUACCACUUACGGUUGGGCUGUUACCAGUGAAUACUGAUUUGGUAUCAGAGUAUAAUGGCCCAAAUGAUGUACAGCUAGUAUGCACUUUUUGAAUACUGCAUUCACAACAUUGACAUUUCACUGGCACCUUGAAUUAUCAACAGUGGGUAGUUGCGCUUUCUGCCUUGUACCUUUUUUUGAGCUGAACAAAGCUGUGACUUAGACCGUGAACAGGAAGGUUGUGGUUUAGUAUUUAAACUUGUCUUUUUAUUUACUGUGCACUUUCAAGCUUUGCCAGAACAUCUACAAAGCAGCAAUGUGAUCUACUUGUAUGUAACGAAUAAACGUACUACAGGCCAUUUAGCACCAUAGAUAAUACUUGCAAAACUAAAAUGCAUUGACUAUUUAUUUGGGCAGUUGCCUGCAUUGUAUAAAUGAGAUGGUAACUUGGUAUGCCUACUUGGGUUUGGGGAACUGUGCUGGGGAUUAGAAAAACUUUCACUUCCUUUUGAAUCUCCAUCAGGCACCUACCCAUCAAAUGCAUAACUAUUAUAUAGUGACUUAUUGUAUUUGGUGUUACACUUGUAUUUUUGGCUUAGCUUGGAGACUGGACAAAUUACUUAGUUUUAGUUUUACCAAGCCAGCUUGCAUUGACUGUAACUGCCAGCAACCUUAGCCAUUGAGUUAUCUGACCUGAAAUCCCCGAAACCAGACCUAUGUGUACCUAUGUGUAAGAUGUUUACCACAGAGCAGUAUGGCAGAUUUAAACAUGUAGUGAAGAUUGAAAUACUGUAAAUGUGAUGAAUUUUCACUGCUUAGGUUUCAAGUGUAUCUAGGAUUCUGAUCAGAACAAAUACAAUGGAAUCCUUUGAUAUUUCAGUAGAAACCAAGUCGUUAGGCUCUGUGCUGUCCAUUUGCCUAUUCAGGCAUUUCGUGAAUAAUUAAGGUUCACUUUGUAUAUGUGCAAUUAAAUUAGGCCAUAGCCUAAUUGUAUUGCUUUGGGCUUCAUUCACUAAAUUAGUUUGUUUUUGAUUUUUAAUCAAAGGAGGCUUGAUAAUCUAUUCGGAGCACAAAGUUGACCUGUAUUGUAUUACCAUCGCAAUGGUUCACCAUCAGUAUCAAGUGUAAAGUGUGGUGAAGGCAAUUGUCAUAUAAAUUUGAGGUCCGAGUUGAAGUCCCGCAAGCUCCAGAGGUGUCAUAAUGUGGCUGAACGAGCUGAUUUAAAAUUUUGUGCCAGUUAUCCCUGAAAUUGCCUAGAGAUGGCUAAUAAAAUCAAGAAUAUUGGUCUUGCUAUUGAUUGCUUAGUUGUUCAGUUGCUUUGGAUGAAAUGAAAUGCUGUGAAGUUUGUUUAGUCCUGGGGUGGUACAGAUGAAAAACAUGGUCUGGGACUAAUCUGUUUUCCAGUCCUGUGCCACUAGAAUUCUUUGUCUUACUGCAAUGCUAGGAUUUUGGCACCAUUCCUUUAAAAUCUGUGUAAAUUGCAGCUUGUUCCACAGGUCUAACUGCAAGAUUGGUCUUGCUCCAGGUCUUGAACCUGUAAUAUUUGCUAUUUGUAUUCCAUUUAUGGGAAAUGUAACUUGUCUGUUAGGUCAAAUUUUAGCAAAUCUAUAGACCAAGCAAUUAAAUGCUUUUUCUUGUGUAAAUGUCAUCAGUGGCUUGUCCCUCGAGUGGAAGUGAUGUUUCAUCUUAUUGCACUGGACUUGCAAGUGGGAUUAAAACUUAGUAGCAAAGUGUCUACACUGUAUUCCAUCUAAAUUCUUGAGUGUGCCUGAGCUUUCCCAGUGCAAUUGGCUUCAAUUUUUGACUAGAAUGUCUGCUCAGAAAAGUGAUGCCAGAACAUAAUAGGGAUAUAUGGUACAUGUUCUUUCAGUGUUGCAAAAUAGGCUAGAAUAUUGUGUUCCAAGAUGUGGGUGUAGUUUCCCGUCUAGGCAACCAUGCCUGAUUAGGCAUUUUUGUGCCAACUUGGUCAGCUCUUAAUUGGCCUGUCCAAAGCUUUAGCAUUAACAGCAAGUUUAAUCCUCUUAUGCUGAGAAUUUUUCACUAGUGUACUAGCUUAGGAAAAGUUGGGCCUAAAGCACAAAUGCAUAUUUUGCAUCUAUUCUGUAGGGUUGUCAGACUAGUCAGUAAAAAUGUACUGUACUUUUCUGGCUAACCACUGAAAUGUUUUCAGUUUGGAUGAAUUGUAUGUACCCUUAACUUUGACUUCAGCUCUUCUAUUCUGGCCCCAUAAAAUAUUAAUAGUUACAGCACCACGCAGGCUGUUAGGGGUUCAGUCAGCCUUUCUAUUCCAGGUCUACAUCUGGGAUAGAUUUGCAUGGCUAUUCUGAAGUAAUCUGACCUUUUGGGUUAUUUUAGAACUGAGUUCAGAAUUGCUGUGCAUGGGAGUGAUAAGUAUUUAUUAACUUGUGGUAUUUCCUUUAGGCAUGGAAAGGGCUUGAUGCAUGUUGAAACUCUGAUGCAGUAGAGAUGCAACUCCUGUGAAAUGUGAUAAAACCAGAAUGUUUUUCACAUCUGGUCAGUCACCAGAAAUGAAAGAGUGAGGGUGCAUAGAGUUGUGCAAAAGUUGAAGGACAUGGAAGGAUUCUGGGAUAUUUCUGCAAAGGAUCGUGUUUGGAGGAGGAGAACCUGGAAUAUUCAUCUUGGGUGCAGCAUUGAUGUAUUUGAUGCAUUCUUUAAAAUAAAAUUUGUUUUGACUCAA